ACCCACCAAGCGGCGGCGGCGGCGUCUAGAAAUAGGGAGCGAGAAAGAUAACAUUUCCCUGCUCCUGCACCAUGGUUUUGCGAAGUCGGCUUCUUCCUUGGAUUAUGUUGUGCUCCGUCUGGCUGCUCCGCUUUGCACACACGGGGGAGGCACAGGCUGCGAAAGAAGUUAUAUUACUGGACUCCAAAGCACAACAGACAGAGUUGGAAUGGAUUUCCUCUCCUCCCAAUGGGUGGGAAGAAAUUAGUGGACUGGAUGAAAACUACACUCCUAUACGAACAUACCAGGUAUGCCAGGUCAUGGAAUCGAACCAAAACAACUGGCUUCGGACUAACUGGAUUGCGAAAAGCAAUGCACAAAGGAUUUUUGUAGAACUGAAAUUCACUCUGAGGGAUUGUAACAGUCUUCCUGGAGUUCUGGGGACUUGUAAAGAAACUUUUAACUUGUAUUAUUAUGAAACAGACUACGAUACUGGCAGGAAUAUCAGAGAAAAUCAAUAUGUAAAAAUAGACACUAUUGCAGCAGAUGAAAGUUUUACCCAGGGUGAUCUGGGGGAGAGAAAAAUGAAACUUAACACAGAGGUGAGAGAAAUUGGACCUUUGUCCAAAAAAGGAUUCUAUCUUGCAUUUCAGGAUGUAGGGGCCUGCAUUGCUUUGGUCUCUGUGAAAGUCUACUACAAGAAGUGCUGGUCCAUCAUUGAGAACUUAGCUAUUUUUCCUGACACAGUGACUGGCUCAGAGUUUUCCUCUUUAGUUGAAGUACGAGGAACUUGUGUCAGCAGUGCAGAGGAGGAAGCUGAGAACUCUCCGAAGAUGCACUGUAGCGCAGAGGGAGAAUGGCUAGUGCCUAUUGGAAAGUGUAUCUGCAAAGCAGGAUAUCAGCAGAAAGGAGACACCUGUGAACAUCCUCAGUCUGUAUCUUCCUAAUGGCCAGUCUGAAGCAGUCACUUCUGGGUAUGGAAAUUGGUGCUUGUGUGCUGCAUUUUACUUCAUUUUUGUUUACAGUUAUGCCUCAUACAAGUUUUUAAAUAUAGAUUCAGGACAAAAAUUUUCAACAGUUUAAGGUGACAUUCCUUGUACUCACUGGUACAGAACUUUGUAUUAAUAAUCUCUGAGCAAUUAAACACCUUGUUCUUUCAUAUGGCCUGUGACAAUUAUAAGGAAAUUGAAACUGAGAAAAUAAAUGUAGAAUGAAGUGUGGUUAGUAAUGGGAAGAAUAUACACACAAUAAAAUCUGCUUUGGAGGUUUGCGUUGUAAGUGCUUACAAAUUUAGACACAAAAGUAUUGUUUUAGAUCUUUCAAACAGAUUAUCAUGUUUCCAGAUUGAAGUAUGUUUCCCUCUCUGCAGUAUCAUUUUGCAUAAAACUAACUUGGAACUUUUUGCUUUCCAGGGGAUCAUGGUGAAUAGUCUGAAAUACUAGUAAAUCAGAGACUAUUGAGCUGUACUUUCUAAUUAAGACUGAUUUAGUUACACAGAUUCUUAGAAAAAUACUUACCCUUAAUGUAGCUGUCAGUGGGUCUACAUGCAUAAGAAGUUUCUGCUUAGGAAAGGAUAUUUUACUGUCUCUUGUACUGCUUACAAUAAAAUCAAGACAGUUUGUUUAAAGACUGAUAUAAUUUUUUAAAUAUUUAUGACAAUAUAUAAUUCUUAUCAUAAGAUCACACAAGCUAUUUAUGGUCACAUUUUUAUUGUAAGAGGCAUGUUAGUGAGAAAUGUUGCAUGCAAGUUCACCACGCCCACAUACACUCCCAAACCUAUGAAAAAGAAAAAUCUAUGGAAUUUCAAAACCAAACCUGGCUGCAGUCACUAAACUUGAGAUGUCCAUGUAAGGACUUCAAAUCCUGUAGAGGAUUAGGGUCACCCUAAAGGAAAGUAAAUGUGCUUAUUAUUAACAAGCUGUUGUCAGGGAAAAAAAACUAUUGCGUUCCUGAUGAGUUUUUUAGUAGGAAAUUCUAUACAAGGUGAAGUUGAUCUGGGGCCUUUGUAGCCUCUCACAAAUCUUUCAUUGUUAUGUUGGGAAAGGAUGAGGGCUUAUACACUGAAGAGGGUGAUCUCAUUAGGAAUAAUAGUGAUGUGAAAAACUGUCCCCACAAAACCACUCAGCAGACUGUAUUAAGGCUCUGUUAAAAAUAUUAACCAAUGUAUCUCAUUGAAAACUGUACUGAGUCUAUCAAAUAUUUCUUUGGAGUGACUGAAUCUUUUUUUUUUUUUCUUGAUUGCAGACCUAGUCAUGGUUGAUGUAAUGAAUACACUAAUUUUAUUUCUCUUUAAACAGAGAAGGGAAAGUAUCCAAAUAAAGAGGCAAUAUAUAUACUGGGUAGUGGCUGAGAUGGGUGAGAGGUGGUGGUGGGGAUAGAGAGAGGAAAGUAAGUGUUUGGUAACUGGAAUUCAAGUAACUUAUUUAUUAAACAAGCUUCUUAAUUUCUAACCACAGUGAUGUUGACAAAAGAAUUAAAUGAUAACUUGUACUUGAGUAUAGCAGUGUGCUCAUUUGCAAGAACACUUCUCACUGUUGGCUUGCUUCCAAGGCAAUUGCUAAGAGAAUACGCUAUACUGGAAGCAGUCCAGAGGAUCAUUUAUAGUAUUUUUUUCUUUUCUUUCAGUGGUCCUAUUAAGAAUUUGAAAACAAACUCUGGCUCCAUAUUGAGGCAAGUUAAUGUAUUUGAGAGAGAAAAGGUGGGAGGCAGCCGCUCACCAAAUGUGUGCUGCUGGCAGCACGAAGUCAGGCUGAUCUGAGUGACUGUGGCUCACAAUAGUAAUUGCAGUCUGUAAUGCUUGUUAGCCAUGUCUGUGCUUGAGGAUGUUAUUAAAUAUGAUCAACUAUGUAGUGACCGAUAAUACAGCUGGCACACUGAUACAGCGUCUGUUUUUUUGUGACAGAUAUUGAGGGAAACUUAUCUGAACAUUGACACUAAUGCAACUGGCUAUCUGUUACUGUCAAGCUGUGUAACAGAUCAAGCAGAGGCAAGUCGAUGUGUGCUUCCUUAACCCAGAGCUUUUAUAGCCUUGUCUGAGGGCUCACUUCUGCAAAUACUUUGUACCUGGCAUGCUGUGUGACUUCUUUGGGACUACUCGUGGUAGAAAGCAUUGUGCUCUGUCAGGACUGGCUGAAGUCUGUGAUUCCUCUCUCACGCUUACUGUAGCUCACCUGAAUUAAUUUAACACAAUAGGAAGGCCUUUUAAAGAUACAGAAUAAUGCCUUAUCUGUCUGCAUUGUAGCAAAGAUAGGAGUAGAUGGCCACAUUGUAGUUCCAAUAGCUCUUCAACCUGUAACUCAGUGGGGAUUUUCAUUUGUGUUAUACUGGCUUGAUUGGCUGACUGUGAUUGAAGAAUGCAAUCCUUUUGCAUACAGCUUUUCUUCUGUAUGUGAAAUUUCUCGAAUUCAGAUACUAAAACAAUUGCCUUUUGAUUUAUACUAAUUCUGCACUGGAUGUGCUGCCAGAACCCUUAUUUUUUUUGUUGUUUUUGUUGCACUGAAUGCAAGUAACUGGCAGAGUCUGGAAGAAUGAGAAAGGAAGCAAUCAUGAGUGGUGAAAUGCACCAGCUAGACACCAAACUUCCAUUUAUUCAUUCUUCAAUGUUCAAUCUUCUAAGCUGAAUUAAUAUCUUUUUCAGAUGUACACUGAUUACUUCUCGCUAUUGAUGCGCUUAGAAUUCCAUAUCAUCUCAGUGAUCUAUUGUAAUAACACAUACAAAAAGGAGAGUUUAACUCCAUACAGCUCACAGUGUUCAUGUAAGGCAAAAUCUUAAAGCUUGUUGUAGAAAGCAUGAGAAAACUAGAUAAUAGUAUGAACUUUGCAUUGCAGUUGGUUUUUGCUUACAUACAAGGAUACUGUCUCCUCAGAGUUGAUCGUGUCUGCUAGUAUUUGGAACUAUACUGAGGUAUAGAGAUUUUACAUUGUAGAGGACUGUACUGAGAAGAACCUAGCAAACAUACUUGAAAGGUACUUAGCAAAUCUUCCAACAUCACCCACUGUGUCUGCUCCAUCAAGAAACAAAACAAAGAAAAAACAAAACAAAGAAAAAACAAAACAAAGAAAAAACAAAC